CCUCCCUCUCCUGCACGGAGCUGCAGUAUAUGAGAGGGUCUCCUGGGUCUAGCUUCACUGCAGUGUAGAGAAGGGCAGGGCGGCUGUUUCAGUACGAUGCGCUGAAGGAUGGUGCACCAGGAGAAACGCAUUUACCAGGCCCAGAGGAAUGAGAGAGAGUCCAUCAGGCAGAAACUUGCCCUUGGCAGUUUCUAUGACGACGAACCAGUCAUCUACACCAGCUGCAGCAAGAACGGCCCGUCCUCCCGACUGCAAAGUGGGGUGAACCUGCAGGUGUGUUUUGUCAAUGACAGCAGCAGUGACAAAGACAGCGAUGCUGAGGACAGCAGGACAGAGACCAGUCUGGACACACCGUUGUCCCCUGUGAGCAAGCAGAGCUCAUCGUUAUCGGACCGGGACACGGCGGAGGAGGACUCGGACCCGUUAGAUGACUGCGGGGGGUUCUGGCGGGUGCAGCGGAGGCUGCAGGAGGAGGCCCGGGUGGCGCUGGCUCUGGCUCGACCCAUGGCUCGUAUGCAGGUGGAGGUGGAGAGGCAAAUCCAACUGCACAGACGUUCACCUGUGGCUGACCUGCUUCCCCAUCUGCCCCACAUCAGCGAGGGCUUGAUGAAGAGGAAUCUGAGGCGAGGAGACAUGAGGGACAUGAGUCUCGGACAGCUGCAAGUCAUCACAAAUGACUUACACUCACAGAUUCAGAGUCUAAAUGAGGAGCUGGUGCAGUUGCUGCUGAUGAGGGACGAGUUGCACGUGGAGCAGGACGCCAUGCUGGUGGACAUCGAGGACCUCACCAGGCACGCCCACACCCAUCAGCGGCACCAAGCAGAGAAAGCGAUCUCUAAAUAAACACCUCGUCUACACGUGUCUGUCUGCACGCCAUCUUACCUCCCGCUCCAUAGACUGUCACCAGUGUUACUAACGAAACUCCAUCUGUGCUGACUGUUUCUGGAGAAAUACACCAUGAUGUUAACACACACAGACAUCCCACAUAAUGUAUUCCUUCACAGGAUGAUGUCGAAGGACAGGAGGACGUCUGAAAGAAGAUGGGCGAUCACUACUUUCUGUAUGACACAGUUGAGUUUGUGCAGGCUUUUCACUUCCACUCAGCGUGAUUAAUCAUGCCAUGUUUUAUAGAAUUAGGGGAAUCCUCUCAAUGUAAUUGCAUCCCCUGAUUUACGUCUUCAUGAUUUUGCACGGUACACUCAUGUAUGUUAAUGCUGGGUCGGAGAGAGCACCUACCGUCUCAGACAGGAUGUCAAGUUCCAGGUGCCACACCUGACUUAACUUUGUCUUUUGUUUGUCUCUAUAAUAAUCAAGAUGAUUGAUCGGUUGAUCUGUAGACAUAGUCCGUUCACCUGUUUAUCAUUACUUUCACUAAGAGCACUGUGUCAUCACUGGAAUUCACUAUUAAACAUCUACUAACUGAGCUGUUGCAAUAGAAAAUGAUAAAACACUCUGUGCUGAUUUUGCAGCUUAGCUUCUCGGUGGUGUUUUAAUGCUGCUGCAUUGUAAUUCGAUCGCUGCUACAGUUUCCACCUGCUUUAAAGAUGCAUUUAGAGCUGUACUGUACAACAUUUUGAACUAUAUAAUUCAAAUUUGUAAAUGUUAAAUGCCUUUAUCUCGUCAAUAGAUUAAAUUACAAUAUAUGGGUUUAAAAAAAUGUAUAUUGGUUAAUACAUAGGGAUAGAAAAAGCAAAAGUGGAGGCAUGACAGCCCCCAAAUUAAAAAAUGCUGUCAGUUUUGUUAUGCUAAAUUUACCAAUGGCAAAAACAUAUAAAACAAAUAUAUGAAGAAAACAACCUAAACAUAUAUCUAUUUUAUCUGCUCAGAGGGUUUAUGGACAUACUGUCUGUAAAUGUUAAAAGAUACUUUAUUAAAAGGAUGAAGAACA